AUGAUAGAUUGGGAUUCAGAAGACGAAGGCAACACAUACCCAUUUUUUGGUUUACGCGAGCCUUUCUCUGGUCUUAAUGAGAUGGAUUUUGAGCUUCAUGGCAUCUACAUGGAUCAUGAACCUGACGAAGAGUUCAUUACUCCACUGGACAAGUGUAAGGAUACAUUUCUUAAUGUGUUACUAACUGAUGAAAAUAUUAGAAACUCUAGUUUGACUAAUGAUGUAAGAGCACAAGUGUACCAUGGUCGUGACUUACAAAGUGAUGAAGAUGAAGAAGAGCAAGAACAUGUGAUAAACAAGUUAUGGGGAAUAAUUCAUAGUCAAGGGCAUGUGUUUGAGGCCAGAAGAGGGUGUGACAGUUAUAGGGUGGACUUAGAUGAUAUGACAUGUUCAUGUAGGCUGUGGGAUUUGGCUGGCAUCCCUUGUGUGCAUGCAAAUGCAGCAAUUAAUUUUAUCCAUCAAACACCAGAUGCAUACAUCAAUGCAUACUUCUCUAAAGAGAAAUUUAGGCAGUGUUACUCAACAAACAUUGAACCUGUUGAUGGCAUCAAUCUUUGGGCCCAAACUGAGUACAUUAAUCCAUUGCCUCCAAUGUAUAGGAGGAUGCCUGGUAGGCCUGCUACCAAAAGAAAGAGGCAUGCCAGUGAAAAGGAGAGCAAGUUUUCAACAACAAAAGUGAAGGUUGCAAGAACUACCCGAUGUGGUAAUUGUUUGGAAUAUGGUCAUAACAAGAGGGCAUGUAAGAAUGAGAGAAAACAAUAUGUGCCUCCCCCACCAAAGAAGACAGGAAGGCCAAGAAAACAUCCCAUCCCCCAUGUAUCUGUUCCUAACCAGUCACUAAAUGAGAGAAUGAGAGAAAACAAUACUACAACUCCUGGUCAGCCAAAUGUCCCAAGUCAACCUUCAUGCUCUAACAUAGUGAGGAGGAGUCCAAGAAAACAUAACACAUUAAGGAUGAGUCCAAGAAAACAUCAGCAACAGGUAGGUUCUAAAAGAUUUAGGAGAAAUAGUAUUGAUGUACCUAGGAAGAAGUUGUGCACAAGGAGAGGUGGUGGGAGGAUUAGUUCUGCAAAAACUGGGAAUAAUACUCCAACUUUAGGUACUCAAGAGAGUGUGGUUCAAAAAGUUCUAGUUGCUGAUGAGGGUGAAAAUGUGAUUGGUGAAAAUGUCAUGCAAGAAGGUUAUAAUGUGGGUCAAAGUGUGGUUCAACAAGUUCCAUUUGUAGAAGUUCCUACUGUUGUAAAAGAAGGUGUGGUGCAGGAAGAAUGUGUGGUGCUGGAAGAAGGUGUUGUGCAGGAAGUUCCAGUAAUUCAUAUUCAGGAUGGUCAUAUGAUGCAAGAAGGAGGAACUAGCCAAACAAGUGUGAUGGAAGGUAGUGAAACUUUUGGGCAAGUAGGAUCCAGUAUUGGUUGGAAGCUUAAAUCAAUAAAUGAUGAAAUUGAACAAGGUAUUGAUGCAAUUUUACAAGAGGUUAACUUCACAAACAAAACAAAGUCCAAUCCACUAAAUGGUGAUAAUGAGGUGGAAGAUAAUGAUUUUAUUGAGUUUACUGAGGGCAAAGAGGAUGAUAUUCUCCCAGAGAAGAUACAAGUAGGACUUGAAGACAUUGUUAAUGCAGAAAUAGAAGCUAUGCCAGGGGUACAAGUGGAAUUGGAUGAUUCCCCACCAGUUGAACUGGAUGUAAAUGAUUUCAUUGAUGGUCAUCAUUCUGAUGAUGAUGUUGGUCUGGAUGGUGGAGCUGAAGGUGUUGGACAUGAAGCUAUUGGUGAUGGUGAUGGACCUGAAGGUGAUGCUGAUGGACCUGAAGGUGGUGUUGAAGAAUUGGGUGAUGAUGAAGAAAAUCAGGGUGAUGAUGAAGGACAUGAGGUUGUCCCAAUGGUUAGGAGAACAAGAAAAACAUCUGAGAGGAUUACCAAGAUAAAGCUAAGGAAGGGUGUCUAUGACAAAGAUGGUGGUGGUUCUUCUUCUGUAAAGCCAAUCAACUUGGAGUAG